AGUCAUCAUAGAGAUAUCUAGUCCGCUAUCUUCCAUUCAGAGCGCGCCAUUUGAAGUUGAGAGAAUCAAGUUCUGGAGCUACAAAACUGGUAAUAAAGCCUAAUUAAGAGAGGACGUCGUCGAACCGAACAUCAAUUUGUCAAGUUACAACCGACAGGCUAGCACAAGUACAGGUAAUGGACGCUUCAGCUUCAUCAAAGCAAAGGACUGAAGAUGAGAAGGAUGCAUCUAGUAGUAGUAUCACGAAGAAGGUCAUGGGAGAUUCACUACAUGAAUAUGAAACGCAGUACUUUGGAUUCACACCAAAAUCAUUCAUAGAUGGAGUGUACAAUGCUGUAGCCGACUACCUGUAUGACAGUGUUGAUGCUGCAGACAAAUAUAUAGCAACAGAGGCUCAGCAAGGGAGGCAACCUGUAUGUACAGAGGCAGUUAGACAGUCUUCAGACAGGUUACUAGCCCAUCUACAGCUUGCCUUUGAUAAGGCAUUUGACAGACUGGAGACAUACCUCAUUAAGAACAUCUUCCCUAUCCCAUCUCAUGUUGUCUUACCCGAAGACAAGAUUCAUGGGGAAGUGAUAUUGAUGGAAUCAGAUGAAACAAGACUGGAUUCAGAGCUUGAGGAGUUGAGACACAGAAUACGCAAUGCACAAUAUGUGAAUGCUAGACUUGAGCAAUGGUCCAAUGAUGUGAAACAGAUUCAAAACCUCCUAGAUGAUUUACUCACUCAAUUGGAAAACUACCAGAAAAUCUGCAUACAGGCAAACGUGGCUGAUCUGAAAGAGUCAAUUGUAUUCAUGGCAACUAGAGCAGAGAAGCUGCUUGAUCUGUCGAGGACAUUACAUCUUAACAGCACAAGGAAAAGAGGUUUAGAAAAUAACGAUGAUGCAAGCAUUCCUGUCAAGAUGAGUCUUCGGAGUGGAUCGACCUGAAUGGUAUUGUCAUUCUUAUCUUUAAAUAGCAUGUUGGGAGGAAUAAUAAACCUAUCACAAUCUUGUUUGUGCCAAGAG